UCUCAGAAAGCAUUACACACUGUAAUCUCGCCUCACGAGCCGCGCUGCGCACCCCCUCCCCCCGGCCAGGUCUCCUGUGACGAGUCGCUUUCGGUCACGCGGGAAACUCCGGUCCCGGUUUACUGGACCUUGAGACGAGAGACGGAAACAAGCGAAGCGAUCAUCUUCUAAUCUCGGGCAACAUGAUCAUCGAGAGGGGAUCCGAGGACUUCGGAGCGGGGCUGGUGGAUCAGGACUGGAGCAUGAUGAGCAGCCCCUGCGAUCUGUGGUCCUUCUACGGCAAUUCGGCGUCAUCUUCGUCACCCCCAGAGCACGAGGGCUCCACGGGGUCCCCGUCCCCGAGGUCGCCGAGCUGCGGCUCCGAGUCCGGGAAGAAGGGCCAUCAUCAGGGCGGUUCCUGUACCGGGAGCCCGACGCCUCGCGGCACGUAUCAGGGCGUGCGCGUGAAGAACCCCGUGAAGGAGCUGAUCAUGCAAAAGCGCGUGAGGCAAGUUCCCCCGGUGCCGAGCCCCGAGAAUGAGCAGGUUGAAAAGUUUCCGAAAAGCCACGAUCACUGUCCAGCAUUGAUCACCAUGCUUCAAGGGACAAAGAGGCCUGCUGCCAGUUCUCCUUCAGGCAUGUCCAGCCCUAAGAGAUGUGCCACGUACCAGAAUUCUGCAGUGACAACCCCCAGUGUCAUGCUCAGCAAUGUCCAGGUGAAUUUUUCCAACAGUGAUGUAGACAGUUCCAUGAAGGAAGGUACCCUCAGCUCUGGGCAUCUUCUGGACAUCACAUCCAUACUGCAGCAGUCCAGCGAGUGCUCCCCAGUUUCCAUGGCAACCCUGCAGGUGCAAGAGAGCCCCUGUCAUCCACAGCUGAUCCCAGCAUCCAGUCUCCCCCACAUCAGUUCACCGCUGCUGAGCCAUGAGCCAUCACUCUACGUCUCCACUGACCCUCUGACACACUACUCUCCAUCAGAAAACUUGGCUUCUUGUCUCCACACAGGCAGCCCAAACCCUAGCUACUAUCCCCAGACUACAGGCAAUUCCUGCCUUGCCCCUGAGUUCUUCCCUCCGCAGCUGGACUUUUCAGACCCGUCCAUGUCACUCCUCUCACCAGUCACGCAGGCCACUGGGAGCAUGUCCUUCUUCCAGUGGCAGAUCCAGCAAGAGGAGAAGAAGCUGCAAGGACUGAGCCCCGAACAGCUCAUGAUUCGGGAUGGAGACGGGGACACGUUCCUGCACAUUGCCGUGGCCCAGGGCCGGAGAGCUCUGGCCUAUGUGCUGGCCAGGAAGAUGGCGGAUAUCAACGUGCUGGACCUGAAAGAGCACAACAGCCAGAGUGCCCUGCAGGUGGGCGUUGCAGCCAACCAGCACCUGAUUGUGCAAGACCUUCUGACCCUAGGGGCCCAGGUGAACACGGCUGACUGCUGGGGCCGUACCCCCCUUCACGUGUGUGCAGAGAAGGGUCAUGCGCUAAUGCUGCAGGCCAUUCACAGAACCCUGCAGAACAUGCAGCAGCAGCUGAACAUAGAGGCAGUCAACUAUGAUGGUCUGACAGCAUUACACACUGCAGUGCUGGCCCACAAUGCCGUGCUGCAAGAGCUGGGCCAGGCGAGGCUGCCCAACUGCCCUCAGACUGAGGCACUGCUGCGCAGACGAAAACUCCUGGGUGAAUGCAUCAGCACCCUGCUCUCCAUGGGGGCUUCCUAUAAAACCAAGGAUCUUAAAAGUGGCCGUACAGCACUACACAUUGCUGCAGAGGAAGCCAAUGUGGAGCUCCUGCGUCUUUUUCUGGACCAACCUGAUUCUUUGCAUAUCAUCAAUGAAAAGGCGUACAAUGGGAACACAGUGCUGCACGUGGCCAGUUCCCUGCAGGGAAGGGUCGCUCAGGUGGAUACAGUGAAACUGCUCAUGCGAAGAGGUGCUGACCCCAGUAGCAAGAACCUGGAGAACGAAAAUCCCGCUCAUUUAGUGCCAGAGGGACCCUUGGGGGAUCAGGUGCGGAGAAUCCUGAAGGGCAAAGGAGCACGUGUCUGAUCCAGCCCACUCCGACCACUUGGUCCCAUCUGUUGAGAAACACUGUCAGUCAGGCAGUCUGGAUUUUUUGUAAAUAAUCAUUUGUCAGUAUGAGACAAAUGUUAGUUGUUUCUAUGAAACAAGAAAAAUAUAGUUGGCUACUAAGUAGUACAGUAUAACAAAAAUACAGAUGAUAACACCAAAUUGACAUCAGUGACAUAGAAAAGGCAAUGUGUGACAAUUGUCCUUUUAUGAAUGAGAUAUUAGAAUUAACCUGCCAGGAAACUCAAGUAACAUGACCUGAGCAGUCAGUCAACUAGUCCCUCACUAGUUGGGAUUAUGUUGUUAAGCAGAGGUUGGGGUCAUUGAUUGCAAAACAGCACUGCAGCCCUGAUGAAGGUUAAUCAUUUCAUAACUACAAUUAACAUUUAGUGCAAAAAAUAAUUUCUGGAAAAGCCUGGAGUGGGUCUGGUGUGAAUCUAGUGAUCCAGUUUUCUUUCAUCUCAUAAUCACACCAUUUAUCACUUUUAGUGAACAACCUUGGUUGGUGGUAAGGUAAUGACAUCUAAGCAGGUAAGCAGGUCACAAAGUAAACAGAGGGGUACUAAUCAGUUAAAUGUAAAGAAAGUUAUGAAAAGGCUGUUUAAUCACGAAUUGCUUGACCAUUUUGAAGGAUUUGCAAACAAUAUAUAUACCUUUUGUGUAUGUUUUUACUUUUCAUUAUAGAGUAGCAAGGUUUGCAGUGGCAAAAUGUAUGAUUGAUAAAUAAAACUCUGAAUAUUUACCUCUGAAUAUCAUUUUAUAUGAAAAAGUUGAACACUUGUAAUUAGUUUAGUGUAAACUCCAGCUUUAAGAGGUCAACCUGAACAGAGCUUAAAAGCACAUGUUGUAACAGUACAAUGUAAUGGAUAAUUUGGUGGUGGGAAUUUGUGCUUUGGCUCCCAUAUUGUGUAAAUGAGUAAUUAUCCUUACAGAGUGCAUAUACUGCAGGUAGUGAAACAUAUAAGCUUCCAGUGGGGAUGACACUACCUCUGGUUCCUGAGGACACAGGGCCAAACUGUGUAAAAUGUAUGUCUUGUAGACAACUUUAUUCUUUAUUGUUUUCUGCAUGGUGUGACAUUGUAGAUUUUUUGAUGAUUAAAUAGCAGAUAAAUCUCAGUAAAAAACUUGUAUGAUGAAUAUUGGUUCAUAUGGUGGAAAGAAACAAACUGCACUUAAAAAU